AUGGCGUUGACCGACGAACAACUUCAUGCCAUCUCAAUAGCAGAAAGAGUAGGAGGUAGCUCUUCCCUGUUGGGCUGUGCGUUUAUUAUAACGACAUAUAGCGCUUCGACCAUUUUUCGCAAGCCAGUCAACAGGUUGAUCUUUUAUGCGUCUUUUGGGAAUGCUUUUUCCGCCGUUGCAUCACUGAUGAGCAGAGAUGGAGUUAUAGAGGGUCCGGAAUCUGCCUUAUGUCUCGCACAAUCAUUCUUCAUCCAAUAUUGGAUGCCAACGGACUCGCUAUGGUCCUUUUGUAUGGCGAUCAACAUAUAUCUUACCUUUUACCGGAGACACUCAGCUGAAGAUCUUAAGAAGCUUGAGAAGUGGUACUUUCUUCUAUGCUACGGCUUACCACUAAUACUCGCGACGGCACUGAGCCUUAUAAAGACUACUGAAAGAGGAAGGGUCUAUGGGCCAGCCUUGAUUUGGUGCUCAAUUAGUCAACAGUGGCAAUUUCUUCGUUUAGUGUGUUUCUAUGGUCCAGUGUGGGUGGUGAGCAUCGCAACUUUUGCGAUCUAUGCCAUAGCCGGUGUCCGCAUCUAUCGAAAAACCAAGGCUUUAAAAGCAGCCAAAGACAUAAUGCCUACCAGCAGAACGGUUGGCAUUACUCGAUCUGUCACUUUUAAUGUAACGGCUGGAGCAGCGAAAGUCCUAUCUUUUGAGCCAGCCACGCCAUAUUCAACCUGCAUAGAAUCGCAGCAUUCCCAACCUGGAAGUGGGCUGAGCAACCAGGUUAGCAAGAAUAACGCGAUGUGGAGCUAUUUGAGAUACUCCUUCAUCUUCUUCAUAGCCAUGGUUGCUACCUGGUUACCAUCAUUUGUUAACCGAGUUUACAGUCUAGUCAAUCCCAGCAAACCAAAUUUCGGCUUGAACUUGACUGGAGCGUUUGUCCUAUCUCUGCAGGGAUUUUGGAACGCCAUUAUCUACACAUCAACCACGUUCCCAAUAUUAAAAGCCAAGUGGGCUUCCAUCCUCAAAUCCCUCAAAUCCUUUUCGCCUCCGAGGUCGACUAGAAGAGUCACCCGAAGAGAGUCUGCCGACAUCUCGCUCGAGGGCGCGGGAUUUGAUGGAAGGUCUAAUGCAGGCAGUACAUCCUCUUUGGCGAUCCGGCCACCAGUUGAGACUUCUAUGGCUGUAUCUUCCAAUGUGUAAAUAAACCAAUCUCUGGC